AUGGGUUGCGAGAUUGCAACUUUGCUCAAGUGUGUCAUUACUACAAUCAAUGUGAUUUUGGGGAUCGCAUUCCUAGUUGUAGCCGUACUGGGCCUUCUUCUAAAGACGUCUGCAGGCUUUGUCAAAUCUCUCCUAAGAACAAGCUUCAGUUUUGGGGGCGACCUUACAGAUAAGCAAGCCAAGUAUCUGACUGAGUUCGUCCUUGAGCACGCAACCAGCCUCUCUAUUAUUUUCAUUGUCGUUGGUCUGGUCCUGGCAGCUCUCUGUUUCUUCGGCGCCUUUGCCGCCUGCUGUGUUUGCGGACUUCUUCUUAAGAUUUAUGCGAUCACUCUUGGCGUUCUGCUUGUUGCACAAAUCAUCGCAGUAGCAGUUCUUUUUUCCAAUCCCACUAAGGUUGGUUCUCUCUCCAUUCCAUUUGACAGGAACCCUAUUCGUCACUCCCUUGUGCUUGUAGCUAAUGCAAUGCAAUUUGUUAUUAUUAAUCCAACUUUACUAUCGCAAUCCUGGAACGAGGCGCUGAUGCAAUUACUAGCAUACUAUUACCGUGGCACUGCCAUGGAAGAGGCUUCAAUUGAGAUUUGGAAUUUCAUUAUGACGUUUAAUGGGACAUGUUGUGGCAUGAACGGGGCAAUGGAUUUCAUAGAUCUCAUUCCAAGUACGCCUUUCAUUAGAUAA